AUGACUGCCAAAGAUUAUCCAUCAUUGUGGGGGUUUGGAACAACAAAAACAUUUAAAAUUCCCAUUGAACAUUUGGAUUUCAAGUAUAUUGAAAAAUGUUCAGAUGUUAAACAGCUGGAAAAAAUUCUUUGUGUGCUCAGGUCUGGUGAGGAAGGAUAUUAUCCUGAACUUACAGAAUUUUGUGAAAAGCGUCUUAAAGGCCUGGCUCCUGAAAGUAGAGCUUUGAGGAAAGACAAACCUGCAGCAACAGCAUCCAGUUUUACUGCAGAAGAAUGGGAAAAAAUUGACAGUGAUAUAAAGAGUUGGGUAUCAGAAAUUAAAAAAGAAGAAAGUAAAAUGCACUUUCAUGACACUGAAACAUUUCCAGCAAUGGAAGAUAAUUUGCCUCCAGUUCGUGGUUCAAACGGCCGUCUUCAUGUUGGCAAGGAAAAGUAUUCUCGAAGUAUGCCAGCUAAAAAGAAAAUUCCAAGGGAUUAUGCAGAGUGGGAUAAAUUUGACGUGGAAAAGGAAUGUUCAAAAAUUGAUGAAGAUUACAAAGAAAAGACUGUAGUAGACAACAAGUCACAUUUGUCUAAAAUUGAGACAAGAAUAGACACAGGAGGUCUCACUGAGAAGGAAAAGGAUUUUGUUGCCACUCGUGAAAAGGAAAAAGGAAAUGAAGCUUUCAACUCAGGAGAUUAUGAAGAGGCAGUGAUGUAUUAUACCAGGAGCAUUUCAGCACUUCCCACUGUAGCUGCCUAUAACAAUCGAGCUCAAGCAGAAAUCAAAUUACAGAACUGGAAUAGUGCUUUUCAGGAUUGUGAAAAAGUCUUGGAGUUAGAACCUGGAAACUUAAAGGCUCUUCUGCGCCGUGCCACUACAUAUAAACAUCAAAACAAGUUCCAGGAAGCCAUAGAAGAUUUGCUUAAAGUACUGGAUGUGGAGCCUGAUAAUGAUUUGGCCAAGAAAACCUUGUCAGAGGUUGAGAGAGAUCUGAAAAAUUCUGAACCUGUAUCUAAGAAGCAAACCAAAGGGAAGAGAAUGGUUAUUCAGGAGGUGGAAGACUCUGAAGAUGAACACGGACAGGACAGCGGACAAAAACCUGAAGAUGGCAGUGGAGAUAAGACCGCCGCGCCCCCCGCGGCCCCGGUGGGCCCCGCCGCCCUGAAGAGCCAGGGCAACGAGCUGUUCAAAAGCGGGCAGUUCGCCGAGGCGGCCCGCAUGUACUCGGCGGCGCUGGCGCAGCUGCAGCCUGCAGGAAGUGAGAGUGCAGAUGAUCUAAGUAUCUUAUAUUCAAAUAGAGCAGCGUGUUACCUAAAAGAAGGAAACUGCAGUGGCUGCAUUGAAGAUUGUAACAGGGCUCUGGAACUUCACCCAUUCUCAAUGAAGCCUCUUCUGCGACGAGCAAUGGCCUAUGAAACCUUAGAGCAGUAUGGGAAAGCUUAUGUGGACUAUAAAACAGUAUUGCAAAUAGACUGUGGAAUCCAGCUAGCAAACGAUGGUGUUAACAGAAUAACAAGAAUUUUAAUGGAGCUGGAUGGACCAAACUGGCGGGAGAAGCUCUCACCCAUUCCUACUGUGCCCACUUCUGCGCCACUGCGAGCUUGGUGUCCUGCAGCAGAGAUGAUCCAAGACCAAGCAGGAGAUUCCAACAGCCAUCACCAGCUGGGCAUCACAGAUGAAAAAAUGUUUAAAGCCCUUAAGGAAGAAGGAAAUCAAUGUGUAAAGGGCAAAAACUAUAAAGAUGCCCUUAGUAAAUACACUGAAUGCUUAAAGAUUAACAACAAGGAAUGUGCCAUAUAUACAAACAGAGCACUCUGCUACUUGAAGUUGUGUCAGUUUGAAGAGGCAAAGCAGGAUUGUGACCAGGCACUUCGUAUAGAUAACGGGAAUGUGAAAGCGUGCUACAGACGAGCUCUCGCUCAUAAAGGACUCAAGAAUUAUCAGGAAAGCUUAACUGAUCUCAAUAAAGUUCUCCUAUUAGACCCAAGUAUUGUUGAGGCAAAGAUGGAACUGGAAGAGGUAACCAAAUUCCUUAAUAUUAAGGAUAAUACAGCACCAUGGAACAAAGAAAAGGAGAGAAGGAAAAUUGAGAUUCAGGAGGUGUAUGGAGGCAGUGAAGAGCCUGAAAGAACCUCAGAGGACGUCUCCACUGACUGCCUUGAUUCUGAGAAGGGAGAUGAAAGCAAUGGGCCACAAGAACACUCUGAAAAACUUCAGAUCUCCAAGCCUAAUAAUGCCUAUGAAUUCGGUCAGGUUAUAAAUGCUAUCAAUACUAGAAAAGACAAAGAAGCCUGUGCACACCUUUUAGCCAUCACUGCACCAAAAGAUUUGCCAAUGUUGUUGAGUAACAAACUUGAAGGAGAUACAUUUCUCCUCCUCAUUCAGUCUCUGAAAAAUAAUCUUAUUGAUAAAGAUCCCUCAUUGGUAUAUCAACAUCUCUUAUAUCUGAGUAAAGCAGAAAGGUUUAAGAUGAUGUUGACACUAAUUAGCAAGGGACAAAAGGAGCAAAUUGGACAGUUAUUUGAUGACCUUUCAAACAUACAAAACCACCAUUUUACUUUAGAAGAUGUACAGGCCCUAAAAAGGCAAUAUGAGCUUUAAAUCAAGAUGACUGUUACAUUUCUUCCGUGCAUGUAUGUGUUCCUGUAAUGCUAAUGAGAUGGUAUUGUAACAGAGCUGCAUGGACAAAACCUGGCUUAGAAAAGAUCCCUCGGUCUGGACUAUAAAACAUUUUUCUUAUUUUUAUACACAGAACAUGUAUUUCUACAAUCUACUUUUUAUUAGUUGUAAAUAUUUUCUUAUGUACAAGAGCCAACAUCUUUAUAUUUAAUAAUAAGUAUAUUUGGAACUUGUUAAAAACAGUUUAAUUUAUAGUAUACAUUUUCUUUUAGUAACUCAUCUGUUAAAAAUUUGAGUAAAAUUGAACUUCUUUGGGUUGUGAAGGAGUCCUCAUAAGUUUGAUAGAAAUGAAUUUCUUUAAAAUUCUUUUUUAAAAGUGAAAGUCAUUAAUAGUGAUUAUUAUAUCACUUUAUACCCUUCUAAGAUAUACACAAAUCCUAUUUUAUACUAGUACUUGUCUAUUGCCAUCAGUUAAAAUGAAAUGCAGCCUUGUAGUCUAUAACAUGAAAUGAUUAUUAAAUAAAAUGGGUUUAUUAAUUUAGAGCUAUAAGAGGAACUUAUUUUUUCUAACAUGGAAGCAUUGCCUAGUAAUUAAGAACAAAAAUUGCCAAAAAUUUCUACCAGUUUUUACUAGCUCCCUUAUAUAUUGCUUAUAAAAGCAAUAAAACAACCACUAUAUAAAAGCAAAGUAAACCUGCAUUUAUAUUUAAUUGUCACCCCCAUAUUUCCCCCAAAUAUUUAACUUUCCCCCUCCCUCCUUUGUUUUCUGUUUUUAUGACUGUAUUCCUUUACUGCAAAAAGGGAAGUGAAGAAUUCUUGUCAUAUUUUAAGCUCCUUUAUUAACUGGGUCAAAGUAAAGGUAUUUCUUACAAUAAAACAUUCAGGUUUCAGGUCUC